CGGCCGUCUCUAGAAGCUUCCAGAUCUUUGCAGACGAACCGUUGCGCUUCCUACACAUGGUAUUCAAAACAAUAUCGACACCACUAGGCUGUGAACACUGCCAUUGCCGCUCAUUGCACUAAAGCCCAUAGCGUAACUACCACGUUUAUGCUCUAGCGUUUGGAACUCGUCGACUCGGCUUCGAUCGGAAAGAGCCGAGCGCUCGCUAACCGAGCGGCCAAACUGCCAAUCACAGCUCUCCUUUCUUCUUCCGCUUCUUGGUCCGCGCGUUUCCCCGCCCCCUCUCCCCUUUGCUGCUGUUACUGCGCAGACGCCGUAAAUCGCGGUGUCGUUGCGCUGUUCUUUGCCUCCCCCCCUUCUUUUUAGCACGUGAUCCGGCGGCGGCGCGUGGCUGGUGUCGAGCUGUAGCACGAGCCCCGGUGAAGGAGAGAAGGAGAGCGUUUGGCGGCCAUGUCUAAGCGGCACCGGCUAGACCUCGGCGAUGACUACGCUCCCAGCAAGAAACGGAGCGAGGGGUGAGCGGGCCAGAGCGGGCCGGGGAGGGUCUCACUGAGAGAGAGGGCGGGGGACACGGGCCCGGGGUGUCUUUGUCCGUCUCACAGUCCGGAGCCGGGGGAGGGCGGGGAGAACAUGGCGGGAGAGAGAGAGAGAGAGAGAGAGAGAGAGAGACAGGCUGGGCUAGGCUAGGCCUCACCGGCAGCAUGCUGGGAGAGCGGGCACAACACACUGCACUGUAUGGGAGAGCUAAGACUGCACUGUAUGGGAGAGCUAAGACUGCACUGUAUGGGAGAGCUAAGACUGCACUGUAUGGGAGAACUAAGACUGCACUGUAUGGGAGAACUAAGACUGCACUGCUAAGACUGCACUGUAUGGGAGAACUAAGACUGCACUGUAUGGGAGAACUAAGACUGCACUGUAUGGGAGAGCUAAGACUGCACUGUAUGGGAGAACUAAGACUGCACUGUAUGGGAGAACUAAGACUGCACUGUAUGGGAGAACUAAGACUGCACUGUAUGGGAGAACUAAGACUGCAACACUGCACUGUAUGGGAGAGCUAACACUGCACUGUGUAUGGGAGAGACUGCACUGUAUGGGAGAGCUAAGACUGCACUGUAUGGGAGAACUAAGACUGCACUGUAUGGGAGAACUAACUGCACUGUAUGGGAGAACUAAGACUGCACUGUAUGGGAGAGACUGACUAACACACUGCACUGUAUGGGAGAACUAAGACUGCACUGUAUGGGAGAGCUAACACGACUGCACUGUAUGGGAGAGCUAACACGCUGCACUGUAUGGGAGAGCUAACACGCUGCACUGUAUGGGAGAGCUAACACGCACUGUAUGGGAGAGCUAACUGCACUGUAUGGGAGAGCUAACACGCUGCACUGUAUGGGAGAGCUAACACGCUGCACUGUAUGGGAGAGCUAACUAACACACUGCACUGUAUGGGAGAGCUAACACACUGCACUGUAUGGGAGAGCUAACACACUGCACUGUAUGGGAGAGCUAACACACUGCACUGUAUGGGAGAGCUAACACACUGCACUGUAUGGGAGAGCUAACACACUGCACUGUAUGGGAGAACUAACACACUGCACUGUAUGGGAGAACUAACAGACUGCACUGUAUGGGAGAACUAACAGACUGCACUGUAUGGGAGAACUAAGACUGCACUGUAUGGGAGAACUAACAGACUGCACUGUAUGGGAGAACUAAGACUGCACUGUAUGGGAGAACUAAGACUGCACUGUAUGGGAGAACUAAGACUGCACUGUAUGGGAGAACUAAGACUGCACUGUAUGGGAGAACUAAGACUGCACUGUAUGGGAGAACUAAGACUGCACUGUAUGGGAGAGCUAAGACUGCACUGUAUGGGAGAACUAAGACUGCACUGUAUGGGAGAACUAAGACUGCACUGUAUGGGAGAACUAAGACUGCACUGUAUGGGAGAACUAAGACUGCACUGUAUGGGAGAACUAAGACUGCACUGUAUGGGAGAGCUAGCGCGCUGCACUGUAUGGGAGAGCUAGCGCGCUGCACUGAGCCAUGUGUCUAUAUAGAGAGUAGGCUGCUCUGUAUAGAAACCACUACAAAUGUAUAGGAAGCAUGUUUAUAUAAUAAGAGCACACUGCAGGCAUCCCUAUAUAAGAAUCAUGUCUGUAUAAAGAGCAGGCUGCACUGUAUGCGCAACCACAGGGUUCUCCAAACUCUGGCCAUCUAGAUGUUUCUAAGCUACAAUUCGCUUGAUUCUUUGUCUAUUUCAUUCAAACAAUAAUGGGAGUUGUAGUUCAGCAACACCUGGAGGGACAACAUUUGGAGAACUCAGCUCAUGUUUAUAUAAAGAGUGCACAGCAUGCUCCAUCUCUGGUCCGAACUGACAAUAUAAGGCCUCAGCAUUGUGUACAAUUACCUUUGGCCCAUGCAUUUUACAUUGUAUGUGAGUGCGACUGCUUGGACACCAAUGGCAUCUGUGAUGCUGUGUACAUUAGCCCACAACUCUAGGCAUGGCAAAUUUGCAGCCCUCCUAAAUAUAGCUACGGUAAAUCCUUACGCUGAGAUUGUUGCAUUACUGUUAUAUGACCCUACUGACUGAAAAUCAAAGGACUGCGUCGCAUGUAGUCCCAAAUGUCAAUCAUCCUACUCCAAUACUCCUAUGAUAGGGUUUGUUUAUACCCUAGAUUAAAAACCAAAAAAGUGGGUCACCACAUUUGGAACGGGCAUAUUAGUACUUAUCAGGGCGUCAGAUAAUACAUUUGUUAAUGUAGCAUCACUGCCUUUUACAAUAUGGUUGUGACAAAGUGUUAAAAAAAAAAAAAAAAAAUAGGAAUGGGAACACAGAUUGGUCCUGUGUAUGACUGAUGUGCAUUGGUUACUGCAAAAUAACUGUGGCCUGAAAGUUUGUGUUACUAGUUUGAUCAUGGCUCAUUUACAUUAUGCUUAAAUUCUGAAAUUACUGUUUUUUUAUUAAAAAAAAAAAAAAAAGUGCAUCUGAAAAAGCAAUGGAAUGUGUUGCAUACAUACCCAAAACAUUUAAAGAAUAUCAUAUUGCAAAAUGCUACUAAACCAUAGUUAAAUCACUUGAGAAUGAUAAUUCCAGUUUUUGCGCACCCCUUUUUGUACAUAAGUUAUCUUGUUCCAGAAAACACAGAAUCCCCGUGCCCCAUGCACUAGUAGCAAUCAACCCACACAUUUGGCCUAAGUCUUUGUAGUACACAUCUUGACAUGCUAUGUUGACCAGUGUUUCCCUUGAGAUGGCUGGAAAAUCCGUAUUUAGCAAGAAUAUGGGAUAGCGCUACCUAGUUGGGAUUCAUUUAAUAGAUGUAGUGAUGGUGCAGAUGUAACAGACUACUUUUCACAUUGUAUGUAUCCUGCAGAGUUAACAGCCUUCUACUUCUUUUGGCAAUAAUGAACACGUGAAACUUUGCUGCUGUUUUAGUCUUCUUUGCAGUUAGGCCAAUGUCUGACCAGCACACUACUUAUGUAAGGUUAAGGCACAUUAAAGUUAUAAAUGCUAAUUUUUAUUUUUUUUAAAGUCAGACUUUAACAUUUCUAGCCAGCGUUUAUAGCUUCCACUGAAUAUCUUUGUACAGAUAGGUUAAACACUAUGAUGCAUGCAAAACAAAAAAUGUUUAUGGCCUCUUAGCUUGGAACCUUAUGUAUUUCCUUAUUCUUUGCUAUUACAUGCAUAGUAAACAAGUAUGUAUGUUUUUUUUGGGACAUGCACAUUGAAAAUUAUAGCUCCUGAAUAUAUCUUCUGAAAUGCACUAUUGGGUUUCUUGGUAAAUAUUUAGCAGUGUCCCAAAUUGCACUAGUUUUGCCUUUGAUAAGUAGGCCCUACAGUGAAUCAAAGAUCACUAUUUAUCUUCAUUGAAUUGUACAUGCAGAUUUUUUUUUUUUUUUAAAUGUAUAUAUUUUGCCCAGACCAAGACUUUUCAUUUCCCUUCUUUAAAGGGACACUAUAGACACCAAACCAACCUUAGCUUAAUUAAGCAGUUUUGGUGUAUAGAUCCUGCCCCUAUAGUCUCACUGCCCAAUUCCUUGCCAUUUAUGAGUUAAAUCACUUUGUUUAUGCAGCCCUAGUCACACCUCCCUACAUAGUCUUCCUAAACACUUCAUGUAAAGAGUCAUCUAAUGCUUACACUUCCUUUAUUGCAACUCCUGAUAAAUGAGAAAAGUCAUAUCUCCUGUUCUGUUAAAAACUUUCUAGACCCUGCAGGAGCCCCCUGUAUGUAAUUAAAGUGCAAUUUACAGAGCAGAAGAUACACACUUUUAAAGUAAGUUACAUCUGAUUAAAAAUUAAACCAUUUUUGUUUCCAUGCAGGCUGUGUUAGUCACAGACAGGGGAGGUGUAACUAGGGCUGCUUAAACAAAAACAGUGAUUUAACUCCUAAAUGGCAGAGGAUUGGGCAGUGAGACUUCAGUCAUGAUCUAUACACCAAAACUGCUUCAUGAAGAUAAAGUUGUUUUGGUUGACUAAAGUGUCCCUUUAACUCUUAGUAAUGUUCUUCCAAUUGAGGUUCAGUAUUAUCUAUAGUUUGUCUUGUAGGUUAAAAAAGCAGUGUCCAUCUACCAAGUUCGGUUUUUUUUUGUAUAAGAUAUGUCUAAUGCAGGUGACAAACGUUAGAGAUAUUUAGUUGCUGAUAUAUGCUAGAAUAUUUUGUGCCACAUCUGCCAGAGAUGGUCAUACUUAAAGGAACACUAUAGUCACCUAAAUUACUUUAGAUAAAUAAAGCAGUUUUAGUGUAUAGAUCAUUCCCCUGCAAUUUCACUGCUCAAUUCACUGUCAUUUAGGAGUUAAAUCAUUUUGUUUCUGUUUAUGCAGCCCUAGCCACACCUCCCCUGGCUAUGAUUGACAGAACCUGCAUGAAAAAAAAAAAAUGGUUUCACUUUCAAACAUGUAAUUUACCUUAAAUAAUUGUAUCUCAAUCUCUAAAUUGAACUUCAAUCGCUCUUGCAGGGUCUAGCAAGCUAUUAACAUAGCAGGGUAUAAGUAAAUCUUAAUUAAACAGAACUUGCAAUAAAGAAAGCCUAAAUAGGGCUCUCUUUACAGGAAGAGUUUAUGGAAUGCUGUGCAAGUCACCUGCAGGGAGGUGUGACUAGGGUUCAUAAACAAAGGGAUUUAACUCCUAAAUGGCAGAGGAUUGAGCAGUGAGGCUGCAGGGCCAUGUUCUAUACACCAAAACUGCUUCAUUAAGCUAAAGUUGUUCAGGUGACUAUAGUGUCCCUUUAAUGCACUCACUUGUUUUUAUUUGGAUGCAACUUUGUUAUGCAUUCAUCUGCCAGUCUGGUGAUGCCUGUGAUCCUGUGGGAGACAGUUAUAGAAAGACUAUAAUUAUAUGUUAUACCUCCCUCCUCUCUUUGGUCCUUUUCGUGUACAGAUGUUAUUUUAAUACUAAACCUUUGACACUCUCUGUAUAAUUAAACCUUUAGUGAGAUGUUUAUAGCUGGUGGGGGAAAAAAAACUAUAUAUAACAUUACAUGCUACUAGUGAUGCUCAGCAACCAAUUACUUGGGAAAACAAUAGUAGCAUACCUUGAUACUAUUGUGAAUCCUUUCAAAGAAUUCCCUCCAGUUCAAAUAAUUGUAUAUUAAAGAGUUACUCUAAGCACCAAAACUACAGCUUAAAUUGGCUCUGGGAAUCUUAAGCUAAACUUAUGUGGAUUCAGAUUCAGUAGGGAACCCUGGAAUUUCAUCUAAUGUAAGAAUACGAACUGGAAAGUAACAUCUAAUGUAUAUCUCUGAAACCAGUCUUGCAGGUGAACCUAUCCAAUACAUAUGUGCAGCUGCAUAAAUUUACACUGUAUUCCCACAUGCUGACACUUCAUACAAGUACAUCCCUGCAUUCACAGUAACAGUGUACUACACCAGGGCUGCCCAACAGGUAGAUCCCCAGAUGUUGUGGAACUACAACUCCCAUGAUGCUUUGCAUGUCUUUAGAAUGACAAAGCAUCAGGAGAGUUGUAGUUCUACAACAGCUGGGGAUCUACCCGUUGGGCAGCCCUGAAUUGUACACAGUAAAUUUAAAAAUAAAAUGAUGUGCUAAUGUUUGUGAUGGUGAUGUUUUAAGUUUGGAAGUAGCUUAGAACUCAAGUGUUUACUCUUGUCUUGCAUUUCAGGAAAGAGCGAGAUCGCGAAAGAGAUGACCGAUCAAAGGAUCGUGAUAGGGAUCGUGACAAAGAGAGAGACCGUGAACGUGAUAGGGACAAAGAUAAAGACUCCAGGAGUGUAUCAAAUACACCUUAUAUCACAGCAGCUGGGGUACCACCCGUAAAACCAGCAGCACUUCCUCAAGGCGUUAACCCAUUUACAAACCUACCACACACCCCACGAUACUAUGAUAUAUUAAAAAAGCGACUUCAGCUACCAGUUUGGGAAUACAAGGAACGGUUCACCGAUAUCCUCUCACGGAACCAGUCCUUUGUUUUGGUUGGAGAGACUGGCUCUGGAAAAACUACACAGGUAUGUAAUAUUUGUGCUUUCUGAUAAUUGUUUUAGGUUAUUGCAUGGAGAUGACAAAAUAACAAUCUGUAGUAGUUCCACCAAACACCCCCUGCCCCUUUAUUUUUUUUUUUCUCUCCAUAUAUUUUUAUGUAGAUGUAACUAUUGUGUCCAUUCAACUUCUCUUGGACAAAACACGGCACAUUGUGUAUAUGCUGCAGUAUGCUAAAAUUGCUUUUCCUAGAGAAGUAUUAAAACCAAUGAUUCUCAACUUUGCUUGACAGCUGGGAGGUGUUAUUAAAGGGAUUUUUUUUCUUGAAAUUGACACUUGCAUAAAGUAAGGCAGAAAGGAUGUGUAGUUAACCCCUAAAGAACUCCAGCAAGCUGGAGUGUCACUUUAAAGUUACAUAUUACUUGUCUGUCCUUGCGUACAAUAAAAAUGCAAAAUGUCCUCUGUUUGCCAAUGUGUACAAUGUUCGGGGAAUCAUGGGAUACACAGAGUAUUUGUUACAUAGUGACGCGGCUUUCUUAGAACGUCUGGGAAUGUACGUUUGUUUUUACAUACCUCCACUGCACAUGUCAUUUCUAUUAAAGCUUCAUGAGCAAAUACUGGGGUAUGUAUGAGCUACUCUCUCCAAGAAAGUCUACCCUUUAAAAUUGAGUUUAACGUAUGCUCUCCAUCUCUUCUCCCAAAGUUAAAGUUUUAAGAAGAUUAUGAAAUUUUCAUUUAACUUCAGAUCACCAUUCACAACAAGUGCUAGUGAUUACAGUAUUUAAUGUGAUAUAGUAACUGUCUGCAACAUCUCAAAGAAACACUAUAGUGUUAGGAAUACAAAGCUGUAUUCCUAAGACUAUAGCUUCCCUCUGCCCUCCCCCCCUCCCAACCCCACACACCCACUGACAAUGAAAGGGUUAAGGGAAAAAAAAACACACUUUUUUUUCCCCUCCCACUUGCCUUAUUCCAGCUCUGAGCGCUCAGAGAUGGCUCUGUCUCCACCACCUCUUAGGUCCCUCUCACGAUGACCUCAAAGGCCUUCCCCAUAGGAAAGCAUUGAAUCAGUGCUUUCCUAUGGGGAAUUUGAAGACGCUGGACAACUCUGUGAAACUGCAGGAAGCAUCUCGAGUGGCUGUCUGGUAGACAGCCACUAGAGGAAAUCUUAACACUGCAAUAUAAACAUUGCAGUUUCUCUAAAACUGUAAUGUUUUACAUUGCAUGGUUAGUAGGACAGGGACAGUGCAACCAGACCACUUCAAUGAGAGAGUGGUUUAGGUGUCUAUAGUUUUCCUUUAAAGUGGCUUUGUCACCUCACACUUACCAAUCUCUUGUUCAUCUUUCAGAAUCUGUUCUUCAUUUCUGAUCUAUUUUUUUCAUAGAAAAGGCAGUGUUUACAUUAAAGCCUAGGGACACCUCCAGUGGCCACUGGAGGUGCUUCCUGGGGUAAUGCUGCACUAUGUGCAGCACUGAUGUUCAGUGUUUCCACAAUCUGCAUUGAGACGCUGAACUUUCCUCAUAGAGAUUCCUCUUUGAGGAGAUGCUGAUUGACCAGGGCAGUGUUUGGCUAGAGCCUUUAUGUGCCUGGGUAUUUCUUUCUUUGGUCUGCAAUUCAUGAUGGAGUGGUACUCUCCCUGGUCUGUGUGGCAGCAAAGUGUUGAUAUGCUAUCUUUAUUGGCUAGUGCAAUUUCUUAUUAAAACUUUAGUAACAUCUCUAGUGGCAGUCACUCAAGGUGCUUCCUUGGUCAGUGAUGCACAGUUUCUCCACGCUCUGCAUGGGAAUGCUGUACGCUUUCCAUAGAGAUGCAUUUAUUCUAUGAGGAGAUGCUCGUUGGCGAGUUCAUCAAAUUUGAUCUCAGCCACAGAGGUGAAGUGAGGCGCGUACAGUAUGGGGAGACUGACUCAACGCUGAAAAAAAGUGAGUAAAAUCGCCUUUUUAAAGUAAAUGGUGGACCUAAAUUGUUUUUACCACUAUAGUGUCAGGAAUAUAUGUAUGUGUUCCUGACACUAUAGUGUUCCUUUAAAUAAGCCAAAGUUGAUUUGGUGCAUAGUGAAAGCAAAUGGCAAACAAAACGCAUGUAUUUUAGAUCCACUGUGUGUAUUUGCACACAGAAGACUUAAGAUAGUUUUGUAGUUCUCAUUUCACAUGUAAUGCUUAAGCUGAUCUAACAGAUGGACCUCCUCUCUGCAGGAAACUAUACAACUUAAAUGAAGAAUCUGGUUGCAGAAGUGUAACUGUAUAUCAAUUAUUAAUUUCCUCAGAUUCCUCAAUGGUGUGUUGAUUACAUGCGGUCGUUGCCGGGUCCUAAAAGAGGCGUUGCGUGUACCCAGCCAAGAAGAGUAGCUGCAAUGAGUGUGGCCCAGAGAGUGGCUGAUGAAAUGGAUGUAAUGUUGGGUCAGGAAGUUGGUUAUUCCAUUCGAUUUGAAGACUGCAGCAGUGCAAAAACAAUCCUGAAGUAAGUAAGCUGCCUUGUAAUCCAAGCCUCAAAUAUAUUGUUUUUGCUUUUAAUAGGUAUCUUAAUUUUGCAUGUGCUUAGUUGCAAUAUAUAUCAGUGUCAGAUAAAUUUAUAUAAUUGUUUCAAUACCAAUAACUGUUUGGAGCAGGCUGGAUCCUAUUUAGAUUCCUCUACAUCUGAUACACGCAGAUCUGAGGAUUUUUAAAACUUUCUCUUGAUCUUUUAGUUUUUAUGGGUUUGCAGAUCUGGAUGUAGAUCUUAAUUUGAGCGGUACUCAAUGCACACACAGCUUGUUACAUGGUAUGUUUAAGUUAACACAAACUUUAUUUAUCUCUACUGGUUUAAAGGGACACUCCAGGCACCCAGACAACUUCUGCCCAUUGGAGUGGUCUGGGUGCCAACUCCCACUACCCUUUUUUAUAAACUGCAAUAAUUACCUUGCAGGGUUAACUCUUCACUAGACAGCCAUCAGAGGGCACUUCCUUGUCUAUAGCACAGGCUUUUCAAUGCUUUCCUAUGCAGACUUGAGCGACGUUGGAGGUCCUCCAACGUCGCUCAAGUCUGCAUAGGAAAGCAUUGAAAAGCAUUUUCAAUGCUUUCCUAUGGAGAGCUCUAAUGCACGUCAUUGCCGCACAUUAGGUCUCCCCGGUGGGCGGGAUCAGUCUCGCUCACCGGCUGACGUAAGGAAGAGGAGUGGCGGCGACGUGAAACCACAGCCCAGGGACAUCGGCUGGGGUCUCAGCUAAGUGACUGAAGGGGUUUUCACCCCUUCAGCAACCGGGGGUGGGAGGGAGAGGGGACCUGCAGUGCUAGCAAAACGGAUUGUUUUCCUGGCACUAGAGUGUCCCUUUGAAUAUGCAUUGAUAGGUUUUCAUCUUUUCGAAAUCAUUGAAAACUUAUCUUUUGUUUAGAGGUGUGUUCUAAUAAUAAUAAUAAUAAUAAUAAUAAUAAUACAAACAAAUUUGACCUUUCAUCUGUUACGAAACUUAAGCCCCUUAAAACCGGAGGGUGUACUAUUACGCCCUAUCCUAAGCGGCUCUAAACGCCGCAGGGCGUAAUAGUACGCCCUCACGGUUUUUGUUACUUACCCAGUCGCCAGCGAUCGCGGUUGGGGAGACUCACCUGGGAUCCCAGGGAGUGCCCCGCGGCGGAUCCUGCCUGCCUCUGGCCCACCCCCCCCCCACCCGGCUAUGUUAGAGUGAGGUCCUUGCGAGGACUUCAGUCACAUGGCCGGGUUAGCUGGCUGCUGGGGGACUGCCUGUAAUGACAGCCCUGUUUCCCCUGAAUAAAAUGAUAUAUAAUAAGGGUGGAUGCAUUUAAUAUGAAAGAGGUGAAUUACGGUUGAACAGACAUGUAGCGCAAAUGGCAGGUUUUGUUUACGUUUUGUUUUGUUCACAACGUGUACAUUUGGCUCAGUCCUUAACCCCUUAAGGACGGAGCCAAAUGUACACGUUGUGAACGAAACAAAAUGUAAACAAAACCUGGCAUUUGCGCUACAUGUCUGUCCAACCGUAGUUCGCGUCUUUCAUAUUUAAAUGCACCCACGCUUAUAUAUCAUUGUAUUCAGGGGAAACAGGGCUUUCAUUUAAUAUCAAAUAUUUAGCUAUGAAACAUAAUUUAAUAUGAAAAAAAUGGGAGAGAAUAAGAUUUUUAUUUUUUUUGUUCUACAUGACAUUUUAACUGUCAAUGUCAUAAUACUGUUUGCUUUUACUGCAAUAAAAUACACAUAUUUGUAUUCAGCAAAGUCUCACGUGUAAAACAGUACCCUCUAUGUACAGGUUUUAUGGCGUUUUGGGAAGUUACAGGGUCAAAUAUAGCACGUUACAUUUGAAAUUGAAAUUCGCCAGAUUGGUUACGUUGCCUUUGGGACUUUAUCGUAGCCCAGGAAAGAAAUUUACACCCAUAAUGGCAUAUCAUUUGCAAUAGUAGACAACCCAAGGAAUUGCAAAUGGGGUAUGUCCAGUCUUUUUUUAGUAGCCAUUUGGUCACAAAAAUCUUAAUUAAACAGAACUUGCAAUAAAGAAAGCCUAAAUAGGGCUCUCUUUACAGGAAGUGUUUAUGGAAGGCUGUUCAAGUCACAUGCAGGGAGGUGUGACUAAGGUUCAUAAACAAAGGGCUUUAACUCCUAAAUGGCAGAGGAUUAAGCAGUGAGGCUGCAGGGGCAUGUUCUAUACACCAAAACUGCUUCAUUAAGCUAAAGUUGUUCAGGUUACUAUAGUGUCCCUUUAAGGGUUUAAAGAAGCACUUUUAAUAUAUAUAUAUAUAUAUAUAUAUAUAUAUAUAUAUAUAUAUAUAUAUAAUAUUUUUUUAAGAGUUCUGGGGACAAGUUUGUUUCUUGUGCAUAUGUAAAUAGACACAAAGAUGGACUUAAUGAUUUGAUCAUAAUUUGAUAAAAAAUGUAUCUUGCAGGUAUAUGACUGAUGGUAUGUUACUUCGAGAGGCAAUGAAUGACCCGCUUUUGGAACGGUAUGGUGUAGUAAUUCUUGACGAAGCUCAUGAAAGGACUUUGGCAACAGACAUAUUAAUGGGCGUUUUAAAGGAGGUGGUGAGACAAAGAAACGAUUUGAAGGUAAUUCAUUUGGGAAUCUGCUUAGACCCACUGCAACAAUUGUGUAUUCUUUGCAUAGUCUGAGUGGCUAGCUAUAUGCUCUCUUCUCAUAUGUAGCAUUAGGGUGUUGUUCAGCACCUGUUCCAGUUGUUAACCCCAGAAAACGAAUAUUUAAUUAUGCAGCAUAGGUAAAUAAAAAUAGGUUUUCCUCUUCUGAACAGACAUUGUGACCUUAUUAGAAAUUAGGUUUUCUAGUGGACGCAACAAAUUAUGGGAGAUCUAGGCAAUUCGUUCCUAUCUUUGAUAGAACACCCUUUCUUUUGGUGGAUGGAGAUUGAAACAUAAUUAAAGGAACACUAUAGUGUCAAACAUUUAUUCCUGACACUAUAGUCCUGGUGUGGCUGUUUAGGUGCCUGUUCUUCUCCAAAUGUGCUGAAGAGGUGAUUUUACUCACUUUUUUCCCCAGGCCUCACAUGUCUCUCCACUACUGGCUCUGUCUCAGUUUCCAUGGCUGAGGUCAUCAGACUUGAUUAUCUCAGCCAAUCCAAAAACAUUAGAAAACUAUUGAGCAUGUGCAGCAAAAACACUGAAUCAAUGCAUUUCUAUGGAUAAUGUUUGUUGUCUCCAUGCAGAGCAAAACAGGAAGCACCUCUAGUGGCCAUCUGAGUGAUUGUCACUAGAGGUGUAAACAUUGCCCUUUCUCUGUAUCCCCAGGGACAGGCUAUAGACACUAGGACAACUACAUUAAGCUAUACUUGUUCUGGUGACUAGUGUCCUUUUUAAGAGACAAAAUAAUGUUCUCACUAGAAAACCUUAGCUGUUUGCUUGUGAAAGCACACACUCAUCUUUGACAGAAUUGCACAAUAUGUGGGUAUCUUGGAGUGUCAUUUAAAGAAAAUUUAGUUAUGUUGGGCAGAUUUUUUUUAAAAUUAAUAACUACAUAAUUCUUGGCACCUGACUUGAUUUCCAGAAUACAAAAGGAGGAGUUACAUUUUGUCUUGGGUUAAAUAUCUUGAACUCUGUGUGUCCUCUUAAGGGGUACUACAUCAUUGUGGCCAUGGAUCACGAUCUUCAUUUGCCAUUAUUUGUGCUUAUCUACCCAUCAUUGCAAUAAUUCAAUCUUUGUCAUAAUGCAUAAUAACUUCAAGUAGGCAAGAGAUAAUGUAGCAUACAUAAUUUUCUAUUGACCUUUAUAUAUCCUUGAAAAGUAUUAUCAAAUCAAAAUGCAGUAAGGCUGUGUUUAACAACUCCUAUUUCAAUGUAUUGUAUGUUACUUAUACAUUUCUUUCCCCUGUUCUCUAGGUUAUAGUCAUGAGUGCUACUCUAGAUGCUGGAAAAUUCCAGGUUUAUUUUGAUAGCUGUCCACUUCUGACAAUACCUGGCCGUACACAUCCUGUAGAAAUCUUCUAUACGCCAGAGCCAGAGCGGGAUUACCUAGAGGCAGCCAUUCGUACUGUGAUACAGAUACACAUGUGCGAAGAAGAGGAGGGAGAUCUUCUGCUCUUCCUCACUGGCCAAGAGGUGUGUGUGUAUAUAUAAAUAUCUGUUUAUAGUAAGUUUCUUUGCAUAUGUUAAAUUCUUGCUUCUUUGUGCAGUAAGAGUUUUUAAAAAAAACUUUUUAGAAAGUUUCUUGUUGGUACUGUUUUCACAAUUUUUUUUUUUUUUUUUUUUUUGAGAAAUGAGUGUUCCUAGUUUAAUGGCAGAUUGUUUUCAUAUUUUACUACAUCCAUGUGACCCAUUAUUUAUAACCAUAUUAAUUGGUGAAGCUGCAAAAUGCAUUCAGUAUUUUCACACAACUGCAACAACCAAAUAUGGAAAAUUUUCUUACAGUUGUGCCAUUUUAGCACUUUACAUUGAAAUCUUAAAAUUGUAUCUCCUUUAGGGAGUAGGGGCCUGGAGUAAUGUCAACAAGACUGUCUACUUCCACCUACUGUUUAAAGUACUGUAUAAUGACUAAGUCUAAUAGAAACCCUGAACUCAAAUAUGAGUUGGUUGGCUAAUGUCUGUAUGCACACAGGUUAGCCGAAACAUUGCCCUAUUGGCAAGAGAGAAAUACAUAAAAUAUUGUCUAAAAUACACUUGGCUGAUGGAGCAUUAAGAAGAAGAAAAUUUCACUUGUUAACACAAAUUUAUUUUGUAGGAAAUUGAUGAGGCAUGUAAACGGAUUAAAAGAGAAAUUGAUGACUUGGGUCCUGAAGUUGGUGAUAUCAAGAUCAUUCCUUUGUAUUCGACUCUACCACCACAGCAACAGCAGAGAAUAUUUGAGCCCCCUCCACCCAAGAAAACAAGUGGUGCAAUAGGCAGAAAGGUAUGUAGCUGUGUAGAUAGUUGCCAUGGUUUUCAUGAUUUUCAAGAAAACCUCUUGAGCUUUUAAAGCGGUACUGUCACACUAUACUUACCUUUUCCCAAUCUCUUCCUCUUUUCUCCGGUCUUAUUUAUUUUUAAUCGGUUUCGAACUAAAAACAUAAGACCAUGUAGGGACUACUUUGUCUUAUGUAUUUUUCCUACACCUGACAUUCUUACAGUGGGCAGAUAUACACCUUAACCAGUGGCGGCUGCGGGGAAUUGGCUCUGUUUAUGGAGGAUUCUGCAGUCAUGCGGGAUCCUCUGUGGACCUCAAUGCUGUAAAAAAGCAAUUUUCAGGUACAUGCAAUGGAAUGAAAUAGUUGCACAACUGAACUUGUAGUUUUGCAUUUUCCACAUCUUACAGUUAAAAAUGUACAGCAUUUUGGGGGAAGAAAUCUUUAUAUGACACAAGUUUUCUUGUUGUUUAAGAGCUUCAGCAACCAGUUUAUGCGACAUUAUUUAUUCAAGGUAGAAAUUACACCCGUCAACUGUGAUGCAUUUCAGUGUAGCUGCAAAAACAAUGUUUGCUGGUAUAAGACAAGGCUUGGCAAAUUUGCUUUCAAUGUAGGAGCCAGCUAAAAAAGUUAGGAGCCAGUUUUUCAAAUACAAUUCUUAAAGGGAUACUAUAGUUACUAGAACUACUACAACUUAAUGUAGUGGCUCUGGUUUCUAUGGAUUGUCUCUGCAGGCUUUUCAGUGUAAAUUUUGCAUUUUUAGAGACAUGGCAGAGUUUACAUCACUGCCUAGAAACACCUGUAGUGGCAGUUGCUUAAAUGGCCACUAAAGUGUCUGCUAGCUCAGUGCUGCACAAAGUGCAGCACCUACAUUCAGUGUCUCCACGCUUUGCAUGGAGAUGGUUAAAGUUACCCAUAGAGAUGCAAUGAUUUAUAGCAUCUCUAUGAGGAGAUGCUGAUUGGUAAUUGAUGUCAGUUAUGGAGGUGGGGCAGCUGCAGCAUGAGAGGCAUGGCGUUGCAAAAAAGGUUAGUAAGCAGCACACUAUUCCCAUGCGUCCAGAGGAGGCUGGUGACCUUAACGUACAUUUUCACUGACGACACAAACACACUAAGACAGACAUGCACACAAACUCUUAGACACGCGCACUGACACACAUGCAUUCCCUUUAUCUGCUGCCCUGCCAGCUUGCAAUUCCUUGGAAUUUGACAGGAGGGAAGGUGCCGACCAAUCCCAGGCGCCAGAACAAAAUUCUUAGUCGCCAAUGGCGACCUGGUGCCUGGGAUUUGUCGAACCCCUGAUAUAAGAUAUAUUUAUGAUCUUAUAAAAGGCUUUUAUCAAAUGUAUUUUUCUUUUAACGCAUUAAAAUAAAGAUUAUUCCACCUCUCCCCCCCCCCCCCUUAAAGGGGGGGUCCAAGCCCUGUAAUUGCUAUUCUAGUUAUAAUGCAGAGAAGAACUGGGUACAGUCUCCAGUAUUUGCCAAAAUCUCUGCAUUGAUAUGAGAAGCUAGGUGCACUGGGAUAUAGUGGGGUUUGGCAUUGUGAAUUUGCUGCUUCACACCUUAAUUAUUUUGGCUGUGCAUAAAGCUUCCUGGUAUGUUUGAACAUAUAAUUGCAAAGUGGUUAUUAGCAAAACGUGUACAAAUCUUACAUUUUAAACUGGAAACCACUUUUUGUGAGGAUGUAUUUUAUUUAUAUAUUUUUUUUUAUCCCCACUCCUAGGUUGUGGUAUCCACUAAUAUAGCUGAGACUUCUUUAACAAUCGAUGGUGUUGUCUUUGUGAUUGAUCCUGGUUUUGCCAAGCAAAAGGUAAGUUUUAUUUUUUUAUUUUAUUUUUUUGAGGGGGGGUGUAGUUCCUCUCACAUGGAACAUGGUGAAAUACUUUGAAGUAAAAUGAGCAGGAGGACUGUAUAUUCUACUGUGUGCAUAUCAUUUUGAGAUUGAUCACAUCCAUACAUUUACAUUGCCAGUCUAUAAAUUUAAAUAUAAUUUUGUUUCCUCCCCACCUUUCACUGACAGGUGUAUAAUCCUCGUAUUCGAGUGGAAUCGCUUCUUGUGACAGCUAUCAGUAAAGCUUCAGCACAGCAGAGAGCAGGUCGAGCUGGCCGUACUAGGCCAGGCAAAUGCUUUAGGCUUUACACAGAGAAAGCUUAUAAAACAGAAAUGCAGGUACUAAUCUAUUUACAGAUGUUUUUCAGCACGGGAGAGUUCAUAUGCCACAAACACUUUCUGAUCUUAAGACAUCACUGAUAUCCCUUUUCUAGCUAAUAGAUUCUGCAUCACAUCUCCUUGCUGUGUGAAAUAGAUUUGCAGCACCUUCUUUCUCACAGAGCUGCUUCGUGUAUUUCCCAUUUUUUAAAUUCAUUUUUGAUACAUUACUGACUAUUAUGGAUCAGUAUUUUGAUUCUAAUUCCUUUUAAAGUUUUGCUGGUAAAAUUAGAUUCUCUCGUGCUUGUUUCAAUGUUGUGUGCUUCCCUCUUUAUCCACUAAGGGCGGAUAUUCUAAUCCACACAAGGGUGGGUGGGAUUAUCAUGCUCCUGAAAGAUGAGAGCUGUGCAUGAAUGCUUAUUGGGUACUUUAAAAAUAUGCAAAUCCACAUUACAAGAAUCUGUUUACUGGAAGCUAAUUUCUUCCAAUGGUUUAACUCUACCUUGGCAUGUUCAGUUGUAAGCAGCAGUUUUCCAAACCCAUAAAUUCUAUGUUUGGAGCAUGUAUAUCCAGGUUUGAGCAUAGUUGUAUUUUUGUGCUCUCUAAUAAAACAAUCUCUCUCCAAACUACUCCUACCAGGCACCUGUGCUUUGGCUCUGCAAUUGUGAAAGUGAACUUCUGCAUUAGUCCAUCCAACUUUUAAUUGUUGUAAUAACCUCUGGACAUUGGAGCUGGAUAACACCACACUCUCACUCUGUUAUUACCUUCAUUUCCAUAGUAGUCAAGCACCAGUGGAGGAACCUGACUUUAGCUGCUAGGAGUUGACUGUGUUGUCAUACAGCUGGUGUGAUUAGACACAAAUGGUGGAAGGGUUUAAAGAGUAGUUGUGAUGUUAACAUAUGGCAUCAUUUUAGAAGGUUUUCUUAUAAAGUAAAAUGUCUUACGUGUUGGUACUUGCUGUUUUUACAGGACAAUACCUACCCUGAAAUCCUGAGGUCUAAUUUGGGUUCUGUGGUGCUGCAGUUGAAGAAACUUGGUAUUGAUGACUUGGUUCACUUUGACUUUAUGGAUCCUCCAGGUAGGAAGUUGCUCUGAAAAUGUAAAUCAUGCAAAUUUAUUGAAUGUUUAAUAAGACAAUUUAUUUUCAAAAUGCCCCUUAAAUACUACCAAAUCUACUAUGAAAAUAUUACUCAUUUCUUUUAACAAACCUUCUCCUUUUAUUGCAAACUCUAAAUUCUUAUGCCCUUAACUUGGCAUAUAAAACAAAUAGGGCACUUGAUGUCUAAAAAGAAGAAAAUAUGUGCAGUCGGAUUUGUUACUAGUGUUAUGAAUACAGACAUUUUCUCCAUUCUACCUCAAAACUUCUUAUACCAUUCUUUUUGGGUUGUGUGUUUUGUGGUGUUUUUUUUCCAAUAAAGCAGUGACUGGAAUAUUUAAUUUUAUUUUUAAAAUGUGUUUUUAUUUAUUUUUUAGCCCCUGAAACAUUAAUGCGAGCCCUGGAGCUUUUGAAUUAUCUAUCUGCCUUAAAUGAUGAUGGAGACCUUACUGAAUUGGGGUCAAUGAUGGCAGAAUUUCCUCUGGACCCACAGUUAGCCAAGAUGGUUAUCGCAAGUUGUGAAUACAAUUGUUCUAAUGAGAUCCUAUCUAUAACAGCCAUGCUGUCAGGUAAUAGCAGGGAACAUACUUUUAAAAGUCUUUCCAUCAAAAGGAAACUCUUUUCACAGUGUGUAUAUUUAUCAACAUAUAUAUGGAAUUAUAUAGUUUGUGUGUGUGUGUGUGUAUGUCAUGUCUGAGUACCCACUAAAGCAUGUAUUGUGCAAAUUUGUAUUAAAAGUGAAUUUCAACCUUUGGGCCAGUACAGUCAGAGAGAACUUGGCUUUUAAGUUGUCAGAUUCUGUUUUGGCCCAAAACUUGAAAUUCACUUAAAAUUUCCAACAAUUCACACUUAAAUAGUGGUGAGUGGGAAAAAAAAGUACUGGUUUAAAAAAAAAAAAACGAACGCUUUGUUGCCCAUUGGACGAUUGCAACCAUAAUCAUGUAAUGGGUAUGUUGCAACACACCAGUUAAACAUUUUUUUGUAUGUAGCACGCCUGUAGUGUCCAUUUUCAUUUGGACUGUUGUUAAGCUGAAAAAAGCUUGAUAACAUAUGUUGCAAAAUAUUGCCAUUCGAUGGUUCUUGUUAAACUUUGUCAUUCAAAUGGAGCAUUUUUUUUCUUAACAUCAUUUGCAAUUUGCACAACAUGCUAGGAAAAUUCACAUCAAAUGGAGAGAUCAAUAGAGCAACCCUAAGGUAGACUGUAGUUAAGGCAGUGUUAAAGUAAUUUAUGCUCUUACGGAAUACAUUGUUCAGAACACUAACCAUGCAAUUACACAUGGCAAUUAAGAAACACAUUUUAAUUUUUAAUUGCUGUUUAAUCAUUUCAUGUAAAUCUUUUGAGGGCGAGUCUGCUUCUUAUUGAAAAUACAUUCUUUGUUUAUCUUUCUCUUGUUUACCGUUCAUCAAUUUGUCUGUGUGAGACAGACUGAAAGGUCCAUGAUCUAAAAGAAGCCUAAUGUAUCUUUAGAAGCAGCAACAAUAUUUUAUCUAAACUAGUCUGUAUCCUACAGAGGUUAUCACCCCAAAUUUUAGCAGUUACGAGUUCCUACUCUACUCCAUUAAAAAAAAAUGUACCCACAAUUGUCUUGGUUAUUAAAGACCAUAUGUAUAUCACUUUCUAUAAUAUAAAGGUUAGGCCCUGGACAGAUGCAUAAUUUUGUUUGCUUUAUACACCACACACCAACUUGUGCGUAUCUUUUUACAGUAUCAUUCUCCUAAACCUCUUGGUGACAACUUCCUAUUAUUGCGUCUCCUUCUGAUAGGUUUGAGUGCCAGAAUCAGAAGUAAUUGUAUCUUUAGUGUGGUAAUGUCUUGAAAAUUUGUCAGUAAAUGUUUAAUGCGAUUUCCAAUUGUUAACCUGUUUGACUACAUAUAGACUUCAAAAUGAGUGGUAAAAUGUGUUUUCAAGCUAUAUCUUUCCAAUACUUCAGACUCAGAGCAGAUGGGCAGGGCAGUGUGUAUAAUCACUGAUGCAGCUUUUCUGUGGUGGUGGUAGUAGUCUAGUGUUCAUAUUACCUCUCUUUAUUUCAAUUCAGUGAUUUGAUAGCCUUCGGCAUGCCAGGUCGUGGUCAACCUUUCCCAUAUUGAUUAGCUUGUUUUCUGGCAGAUCAUAAUGGGGAAAGCCAGUCCACAACAGCCAGCAUCCCAAACGCUAGCUAUGGUUGAAAACUUGACAGACAGCAAAUGGUGCAUAAAGUUCACUCAAGCAUAUAAAUGCAGACCAAAACUUCAUGGAUGCAUUAAAUCCCGGAACACUGGACAAUGUACUGUAUACCAGCAGUUGUAUUCACUAAGGAUCAGUGAGAUGCCGUUAAUGAUCCUUGGUAAAAUUUUAUUUAAAUAUUAAAUCUAGGUAAAUAACACUUGCGGUUUAUUCUGAUGAACAGUCCUUUAUAAACUGGCAACAAUUAUUGGCCUGCUGCAGAUAAACCUGGCAACUAACACAUUUAUGCAUUGCUUGUCAUACGCAUUCGCUGCUACCAAUUAAAUCUUAAUCUUUUAGACUUUUCAACUUCCAUCAUAUUGGACGUAAUGUAUGGAAACCCCUAGAAGUUCCAAAGUUAUACAGCUUAUCCCCAGUUACUUAUAUGUCCAUACAUAUUCUAAAAGCUACAGUUUACUUAUUCUGUGUAAAACAUUGCCCCAUCUAAACGUUCAAAGAUUUAGAAAUUACUGGAUCAAAUGACUAUAAGGAAUUAAAUUGCUGCAAUUAUCUGUCUUGUUUGCACCUGUAAAUGUCCGCUACUACUUUCACCCCACAGUCGUAGCUGUUAAAGUAUUUGCAUUUAGCUAAUUAAAAAUGACCAUUAGUGGCAACACGUUUUGCUUGUGGUUAUUUUUUAUUUAUUUUUUAGGAAUUUCUGUAGUUUAUAUAUAUAUAUAUAUUUUUUUUUUUUUUUAAUUUUAAAUGAAUUUAUUGCAUGAAAUGUACUUGGUUGCCAUUUGAUUUUGAUGAGGCAGCCGUUGUAGAUCCUUGAAAUCUUGGUGAACCUGAUGUAGGGUAGUUGUUCCCUUGAUGGCUGUCAUGUCGGUGCCUUAAUUUAGUUCAAGCAAAUAUAAACUGGUGCUCUGUAGUUUUGAAACCCUCUUGUCUUACAGAUGUGGUUAGGUGUUGAUGUACCAAACAAAGGUAGUAAACAGUCCAAGAUGCAGUUGGAGGCCCAUCCUGCCCUGCCCUAUGCUCUGUGAACUGACCUAGCUAGGCCUUGUUCCUCUAUCAGUGAAUGCGUGACUCAUCGAUAUGGGCAUUUGUGUUGGGCCCAUACCAACCUUGUUUAGUCCCACAGUGUUUUAUUCGACCCACGGAAGUCAAGAAAGCUGCAGAUGAAUCCAAGAUGAGGUUUGCCCACAUAGAUGGUGAUCAUCUGACGCUGCUGAACGUGUAUCACGCUUUUAAACAAAGUAAGUGUUUUAUUCUAUUGCAUUAAACACAAGUUUGAACUGAUGUGAACUUUUAAACAUUUAACAAUGAAUCUCUGAUCUACACUGUUAAGUUGGAUCUGUUUAAUAUUGCAAAAAUAAAAAUCUUUUUACCUUCACCUCCACCCCAAAGCUUGUACCAAGUAUUUGAUGUUCGUUUUAUUGCUCUUAGUUUAUAUUUCAUAGAAUAACAGAUGAGUAUUGGGCAUAUAAGGACAGGAGUAGAGUAGUUCAAAUGGACUAAGGAUUUUGCAUUCCCACUACUAGCAGGUACUUGUGCAAUAACAGUGAGCAGGCUACUUGAAUAGUGUUUAUUCAUGCAGAGCAAAAAAUUGGUCGCAAGAGUAUUCUGAGAACGGGCAGCAGCUAAAAUAGCCUGCCCUUCGGUGGGUCCCCACUCAGAACUCAAGCUGGUUUUAGCUCAACUUGUGCCAUUACAGAGAGAACAUAUCUGAAGCAUAUCAGACUGGUUCCACCCAUACGGGCAGUCCAGAUCCGAAAUGCCAGCAAGUUCUGUCUGCACGAGAGAAACAGCAACCCCAGACGAUCGUUUCAGCCUUGUUAGGCAUCGUCAGUGAGGCAUAGCUGAUAUCUCUCUAGGCACCGUGAGCAAGGGGUCCACGUCUGGAUUACCCUUUAAACUAAUGGAGAGCAAGAAAAUGCCCGUAUUGGUGGGACCAGUCUGAUAUGCUUCAGAUAUGUUCUCUCUGUAAUGGCACAAGUUGAGCUAAAACCAGCUUGAGUUCUGAGUGGGGAUCCACUGAAGGGCAGGCUAUUUUAGCUGCUGUCCGUCCUCAGAAUACUCUUGCGACCCAUUUUUUGCUCUCUAGUGUUUAUUCAUGUUACACCUAAUGUGUGUUACAGAACUGAAUUGCCAUAUGGUUAAUUUUCUAAACACAUUUGAAGCAAUUACUGGAUAAUAGAAAUUAUGUGGUCUCCUUUAUUACUUAAUCCCCAGUGUUACUUCAAAGAUUAAUAAAUAGGAGAAAUCUUCUAUGUACACAAAUGCUGUUUUCUGAUUUUUGUGCUAGCUAUGUAUCCUGUGUAUCAAACGCUAUGCCUUUAAUAAAAAAAUAGUAAGAAUGAAAGAUCUCCACUGAAAGAGCUCCACUGUUACUAAUUUUAUUAUAGCUUAACUUGACCAUUUUAACCCCUUAAGGACGAGUGAUGGACGAGGUCCGUCACAGAGGGGAGACCCUUAACGACGAGUGACAGACAUCGUCCGUCACGCAGUAAAAUUAACCCCAGAUCGCCGCGAUCGCGGGGUUAAUGGUGCUCCGGUAUGCCUCUGCAUUAGAGGCAUACCGGGAGCACCCGGUCAGGCUGCCCAGCACAUGUGCUCGCUCUGACCGCAAGUCUGAGCGAGCACAUGUGCUCUGUAUACUCACCUACCGGCUCCCUGCACUUCCGGGUUCUGUGUGAAGUGCAGGGAGCCGGAUCAGUGAUGAUCCUGCCCCCUGCUGAAAAAAAUAAAAAUAAAGUUAAUUUAAAGUGUCCCCCCCCCUUACCCAUUUUAAUAAAAAAUUAACCCCUUCCCUGCCAAUUGAUCACUGACUACAGUGAUCAAUUGGCAGGGAUUACAUUUUACUAUGAUCUGAUAUUUUUUUUUAACCCCUGAGGGUUAAUUCUUUUUUUUUUUUAACCUUCAGGGGUUAAAUUAAUUUAAUUAAUUAAUUAAAAUAUUUUUAAAUUAUAUAUUUAGCUAGCUGGGGUGGGUGGAAGUUAGUGGGGAAUUGGGGGAUUUGGCAUUAGGCUAACUAGGGGUUAACGUUAAAAAAGUUUUAAAAUAAACUUUAAAAAGUUAAAAAUUAAGCUUAAAAAAAUGUUUUAAUAAUGUUUAAGUAAAAUUUUUUAAAAAAAAAAACCCUUUACCUAGUCCAAAUAAAAAUUAACCCCUUCCUUGCCAGUCGAUCACUGCCUACAGCGAUCAAAUAGAGAUCACAGUAUUAUACUGUGAUCUAAUUUUUUUUAACCCCUGAGGAUUAACUUUUUAUUUAUUUUUUAACCCCAGGGGUUCAUUAACUUAAUUUAAAUAUUUUAUAACUAUGUAUUUUGCUAGCUGGGGUGGGUGGGAGUUAUGGGAAAAUGGGGAAUUUACUGUUAGUGCUGCGUACUGCUAGUUAGGGGUUAACGGUAAAAAAAAAAGCUUAGAAAAAUGUUAAAUCUGUAAAAAGUUUUAAGAAAGUUUAGGAAAGUUUAAAAAAAAUUUAUAAGCAAAACAAAAGUUUAAAAACUAGUUUUUAAAAGUAAAAAAGUUAUAAAAAGUAAAAAAAUACAUUUUAAAAACGCUCAUUACUACUACACCUGGAACAAACUAGAGAAAAAAUUAUCCCACGCCAAGGUUCAAAAUAUGCCUUUUGAAUUACCCCAGGGUGUAUUCUUUAAUAAAUAGUAUGUGUUUGUGGGAAGUUUCAAUAACCAACCGUCUAAACUACUCCAAAUUGGAACAUGGACACAGCGUAAAACUUCAAAGUUAGAAAAAAACUGAAUGGCUGCGUCUCAAAUGCGCCCCUUCAACAUCCACAUAUACCUGGCAAAGGUACAUACGGGGGUAUUGCUGUACUCAGCUGACAUAGCUGAGCAACAUAUGAAGUAUUAUACAGUCAUAGCACACAUAAGGUUUGCAAAAUAUGCUGCGCAAACUCACUUUGUAUGUCAAAAAGGCAGAAAAAAUGCUUAUUACCACUAUACUUGGUACAAGCUAGCGGAAAAAUGAUCCCACGCUAAGGUUCAAAAUAUGCCUUUUGAAAUACCCUGGGAUGUUUUCUUUAAGAAAUGGUAUGGCUUUAUGGGGUAUUUGGAUUAUAUAGCCUGGUAAAAUACUCUAAAAUGGGACAUAGGCACAGCAUAAAAAUUCAAAGUUUGAAAAAAAACUGGAAUGGCUGUGUCCCAAAUGUGCCCCUCCGAUGUCCACACAUACCUGGCAAAGGUACAUACAGGGGUAUUGCUGUACUCAGCCGACAUAGCUGAGCAACAUAUGAAGUAUUAUACAGUCGUAGCACACAUAAGGUUUGCAAAAUAUACUGUGCAAAUUCACUUUGUAUGUCAAAAAGGCCGAAAAAACGCUUAUUACCACUACAUCUGGUACAAGCUAGCGGAAAAAUGAUCCCACGCUAAGGUUCAAAAUAUACCUUUUGAAACACCCUGGGGUGUCUACUUUAAGAAAUGGUAGGCCUUUGUGGGGUAGUUUGAAUUUAAAACCUGCGAAGAUGCUUGGAAAUUGCACAUAGGCCCAGCGUCAAAAUUCAAAGUUUGGUAAAAACGGAUAUGGCUUGGUCUCCUAUAUGGCACUGUAGCUUCACAAAAUAGUGCCAAAGACAUUCAUUGGGGGUGUAUUUUUACUCAAAAGACUUAGCUGAGCAUAAUUUGGGAGGUUUGAACUUAGUGGCACAUAUGAAAUAUACAAAACGCCCAGCAAAAAUGCAAUCCGUAUGUAAAAAAUGCACAAAAUAAUUUUUUUACCACAUACUUUGGCAUAUAUUGGUGAAAAAAUGGGGGUAUGUUAAGGCACAAUAUGCACCUUAUGAGAUACCCUGGAGUGUCUACUUUUACAAAUGGUAGGCCUUUGUGGGGGUUUUUGAACAGUCAAACUGUUAUAAUACCCCAAAUGGAAGCUAAGGCUCAUUAAAUCCAUCUCUCAAAAUUCUACUGUGAAUACUGUAAAGGACAGGUCUCCUAUAUGGCACUGUAGCUUCACGAAAUAGUGCCAAAGACAUUCAUAUGGGGUGUCAUUUUACUCAGAAGACUUAGCUGAGCAUAAUUUGGGGGGUUUGAACUUAGUGGCACAUAUGAAAUAUACAAAACGCCCAGCAAAAAUGCAAUCCGUAUGUAAAAAAUGCACAAAAUUAUUUUUUACCACAUACUUUGGCAUAUAUUGGUGAAAAAAUGGGGGCAUGUUAAGGCACAAUAUGCACCUUAUGAGAUACCCUGGAGUGUCUACUUUUACAAAUAGUAGGCCUUUGUGGGGUUUUUUUGAACAGUCAAACUGUCAUAAUACCCCAAAUGGAAGCUAAGGCUCAUUAAAUCCAUCUCUCAAAAUUCUACUGUGAAUACUGAAAAGGACAGGUAUCCUGUGUGGCACUGUAACUUCACAAAAUAGUGGCAAAGACAUACAAUGGGGUGUCGUUUUACUCAGCAGAUGUAACUGAACACAAAAUAAAACUUUGUACAGGAAUAGCACACACCAACUUUACAAAAUAUACACGAGAAUUUCUUUGUUAUAAGUUUGUGUGCCAAAAACCAAAAAAAACACAAUUUUACUCCAAUAUUUAGCAGAGGUUGGCGGUGAAAUGGCUACGUAGAAAGUGUCAAAACAACCUUAGGUAAAUAGCCCGUGAUGUCUACUUUAUAUAAAUAUAUACUUUUGUGUGGCAAUUUUGUUUUCUUUUAUGGCUAUUAGGCUUACAAGACAAACAUACCAAAUUCUAAAAUCGCUCCACAUUAAAAGUCUAUUUUACUCCUUGUGCUUUGUGACCUGUAACUACCAAAAAAAACUUUAAAUCCCAGACACAUUGUAUAUUCUGUAAAUCAGAACAACUAAAUUAAUUUAUUUUUAAUUACUUUUCUUAACCUGCACUAAUUAUGCACACAUUAUUAUUGCAAAAACUGUAAAAAAAAACCACAAAAUUUUCAUUUUUUUUACAUUUUUCUGUAUUUUUUUAUAAUAAAUAAGCAUUUAUAUAUAUGUGUGUUACAUCAAAUUAAAGCCCUUUCUGUCCUUUAAAAAACGAUGUAUAAUAUGUGUUGGUGCAACAAAUUAGUAAAAUGCAAAUUGCAGUUGAACGCAAACAGCAAAAAAUUGAAAAAAAAUGCCGUUGUCAUUAAGUGAAAGACAAGCUUUUGAAGCUCUGUCCUUAAGGGGUUAAUUAUGCCGUUAUUGUUUAUUAUUGGUGUUUAUAUAGCGCCAACUAAUUCAGCAAUGCUUUACAAUAUUAUCAAAGGGGGGGUGGGGGGGGAAUUGUACAAUAAAUGAGACCAUUACACAAUGAUACAGAAACAAUAGGUAGAUGAGGACCCUGCUCAAACGAUCUUAUAGUCUAGAGGAGGUGGGGUACAAAAACACAGUAAACGAGCUUGUAGUCUAGAAUAGGUUGGGUACAAAAACACAGUAGGGGGCAGCAAGGUGGGACAUCUACCAAACAAGGUGGAAAAGUAGCAGAACUGGGGGUGAGUGUGGAGUUGUGGCUCUUUAUGAGAGAGCAAGAGACAGAUAUGUGGCAUAGAAGCUACCCUGGGGGGGCAGUUCGGCUUCUGGGGAGACCAACUAGGAGAGAAUUACAGUAAUCCAUGCGAGAGAUUACCAGAGCAUGAACAAGCUCCUUGGCAGCAUCUUGCUAAGAAUGGGGUGGGUGCGGGCAAUGUUUUUAAAGUGUAAUCGACCGGUUUUAGCAACAUACUUGAUUGAGGUGCAAAGGUGAGGCCAGGAUAAAAGAACACCAAGAAAACGAGCUUGCAAGGAUGAACUGAUGUAACGACCAUCAACUUGCAGGGAAAGUGAAGGAGGAUCAGCAUUAUGAGGAGAAAAAUAAGCUCGGUUUUAGACAGAUUGAGUUUCAGAAAGCAGGAGGACAUCCAAGCAGAGAUUGAAGAAAGGCAAGCAGUGACAUGUUGUAGGACUGCAGGGGAGGUGGUACGGUCCAUAACACUUAAACACUUGGCACUUAUUUUGUUUACAGAUUUGCAUUUUAGUACAAAGUGUAUUUAUUUCCUAUACUUGCCCCUUGCUUUGUGCCAAUUAAUUGUCAGAUUUUGAUUUACUGACAUUUGAUUUACUCUCAUUUUAUGAGCUUGUUUUCUGUAAAUCAUUACUGUACCUGGUACUUUCCAGAGUUGAGCUGCAUUCAGCUGUGCUUUGAAAAAUAAAUGUUUAUUCAAAUUUCCAUAGGAUGCAUAAUGCUGGGUUUCUUUAGUUUUCAUAAACUCCUGUAAAAACAGGAAAAGUGUAGCCUACUUAUCUCCUGUACGAUGCAAAGAAAACUUUAAUAUAUAGUACAUGUAUCUGGAUAAGAGCUGUGCUAUGCACUCCACCUUGUUUUUUUUUUUUUUUUUAUAAUUCUUUAUUUUUGUUGUGUGAAGAGGAGAACAAUAUGCUCGCAGCACCACGACAGCGCUAACAAGCAGUGCAUUAUCGUACAGAAAUAUACAGUGUCAUGGUAUGAGAUGGUCACACACACUUUUUUUUUUUUUGAACAAGAGAGAACAUGCUGAUAUAUGGUUCGCUUGUAACUUAUAGAGAGCGCUCAUUAGGUAAUCACUGCAUACAUUUUUAGGUUUACUUGUGUAGUCACAGGCUUGUUCAACGUGUCUUACGUAAUAAUACAACAGGCUUAUCGAAACAUGUCAGGAGUAUAUAAGGCGAUAUCCUAUACAAUAAACUUUGACAUGUGGAUGGUUAUAACAAAAUAAAUAGAAGAAAUAAACAUGAGAAUUGCCAGGCAGGCAGGUAUGUCGUUAUGUUAAUAGGUGACAAGCUAUUUGGGAGUAUUGCUGAUUCGUGCAGUAAGACCCUAUGCAAGUGUGAGAUGAAUAUUGUGAGAUUGCUAAACAAUUAACAAGGAUAAACAGUGAAUAUUUCGUUAAAGUUCUAUGUCGUCGGAAAGUCUCUGUUCAAGAGGUUUCAGUGUUGUAUAGACAGCAUCUAUUGUAUUAGAGGCUUUGGGCUUGUACCUCUGUGUUCCGGUCAGUGAGUUCUCUGUCGGCACAUACCCAGCGCUUUGAAGGGUGUUUGAGAGUCCUGCUGAGGCACAGCAAGGUGCAGCCUCGUGGGUUCCAGUUGCUGCCUCGUCUGCCCGUCGCUGUGGGAGCCUGCUUUGUUGAUGCAGGUAAGUGGGAUCUCUGGGGCUCUCCGCUGUGUCGAGUGGGAUCGGAGCUGUGAGGGAAGCUUGCCUGUUGCUGGUUGCUGUUCGUAUCUCCGCUUCAUGCAGGAUCUGGGGUGAGAUUGUGGGCCAAUUCGGGCUGGGGUUGCGGCGUGGCUUGAUCAUGCCUGUUUGUGUUUAAGCAGGUGGGGUCUCCGUCUUCGGCGCUAUCUUUUAGGUUCCGUCAGGCGAGGGCCAGUGCGGUCGUGGCUGGUAUGUGUGGGUUUUUUGUUGGGUCUGUGCACUGGUGCUUUGGUGUGUCUCUCCUUGCUUGCCAUUCGUGCCCAUGCAGCGUAGAGAAUGGCUUCGAGUUUGGCCAUGAUGCUGAGCCUGUCUGUGUGGCAGUUUUGAACGCACGUGGCAUCUGCCAUUGUAUGAGCCCGUGUAGCAUGAGGCUGCCCUGUAUGCUCUGCUGUCAACUCGCAUUGUAGCUCUGCUGCCUGGAAGGGUUGGACCGGAAUCACCGGGGGGAGAGCGGGAGCGGGUAGUCGGCGGCUCAGUACCUCUGGCGCAGGGGCGAGGGGAGCGGCAGUCUCCCCUCUGCUCCGUCAACACCAGGCCACAGCCUGCCACUUUGGGUUCUCGCUUGCGGGAAGCACUUGAGUCCGGUGUCGGGUGAUUUACCAGGGCGUCCCCAGCAUGGGAAGCGCACCCCGGCAUCAAUUCAGGCAUGAGAUCUGCUAGUAUUUCCCUGUAAACAGCUUGUGUGGUGGGAGCUCGUCCACCAUGCGACUGCUCUGCUUGCAGGUCAGGUCCUGCCCCCCACUCCACCUUGUUUGAUUGCUACCUCCUGUCCUGUUGUGUUUUACACCCCACCUCCUAUAGACUGUAAGCUAAGUUUUUGUAAUUCUCAUUUAUUGUUAAAUCUCCCCCCUUUGAUAAUAUUGUAAAGCGCUACGGAAUAUGCUGGCGCUAUAUAAAUACCAGUAAUAAUAAUAUGCCUCAGUGAGCAAAUGCACAAAUGUUAUUUUAAGUGAACUAAAUAGUAUAACCGUAAUAUGUCCUUUCAUGCACAGAUCUAAAACAAAAACACAUUAAAAGCAUAAGUCGCGCAACCUCGUGUUAUUUCUUGUAUAGAAUAAUACAUUUAUUUUGUCCUCCAUUGCCCAUGUGUGGUGUAUAACUGUGCUGGGUUGCUGGAUGAUUUAUAUUGUUUACGUUUGGAGUGCCCACCUCUCUAGGUGGCAUAGUCUGUCAGAAAAGUGCCAUUUGUCUAUUAUAAAUAAACAAGAGCUGUGUGCAGUUAUUUGCUAGGAUAAACACCUGGUCGUCAUUAUUUGCAGUGCUACAAAUUAUCAAGAGUAUGUGGAAUUGUAUAAUUCUGAUGCAUAGAAAAGUCUUACAUAGUGUAUCUCAAAAACAGUUUUGCUUGUUACAUUUUCAUGUGAUACCUACAUGAUCAUGUUUAAUUUCUUCUUCCUCCAGAUCAUGAAUCGUCUCAGUGGUGUUAUGACAACUUCAUUAACUACCGGUCCCUGAUGUCUGCAGACAAUGUACGGCAGCAGCUGUCACGAAUCAUGGACAGAUUUAACUUGCCACGUAGAAGCACAGACUUCACAAGCCGUGAUUAUUACAUUAAUAUUAGAAAAGCUUUGGUUACUGGUUAUUUCAUGCAGGUAUGUGUUUUUUCUUAUGGAAGUAAGAGACUCUGAAUCUCAGGGUUUUGAGGCUGGUGAGCUCAAAAGGGAAAUAAAUUGCAUAAGCUGUUAUGAGAUUCACUCAAAUCAUAUAACAAGGUCUUUUAGGAAUUCAUGUGUGAAAACUGGAGGGACCUGAGAAAGUACAAGCAAUUAACUCAACAUAAAUGGAUUUUGGCCUCCCUACUGAUCUUUAUGAGGAAAUUAACCACUGAGGUGCAUGUUGACUCUUGCAUAUGGCGCAAUGUCAAAUAUGACACUUCUGGUUUUUGAGAAAUAUGGAGUUCUUUUACAGAAUGCACAUCAAUCUGAUAGACAAAUAUGCAUUGGGCUGUGUUUCUUGUUGUAUUUAUGUGUUUUGACCUUAAACUGCCAUUGACCUCGAUAACUAGAAAGCGUUUUUGAUGCAGUGUCAUUAUUUAACCACAUGAGCAAAGUUUAUUUUCUUUAAACAAUGCAUACAUCAAAGGGUGAAUUCCGAAAAGGGCUAUAAUUAAAAAUAAAGAAUAUGACAAAGUUUUGUGAAAAUCCUAUUUGCCAGUGUAAGAAGUGAACCUGAAAUCGUAAGACGGCUCUAUUAUUAUAUAUGUUGCUCUAGCUUAUUCCUCAGUGCUUUACAAUAUCAUAAAGGGGGAAACUUAGCAAUAACUUGUUUUUUGCACUGGAAUUCUCUAUUUAAAGGAGCACUCUGGGGAAUAUUACAAACUCAUUGAAAUGAAGAUAUGGUGCCUGGAGAUCCCUGACACUGACUCACCUCACCUAGGGGUUAAACCAUGUAUGAAAGAUUUAAAGUCUGUGCUCAAUCGUCAGACCUUUCUGUCCCACUGUACUUCCAUUUGCGGAAAAACUUUCAAACUGUAGCUGGCCGGUAGUGGCGCUACUGAUUAGCUGAGAAUGGUCAGACAAUUGACAGUGCAUUCAGAAAAACUUAUUAAGAAAAAUACGUAUGUUUCCUCUACCGAAUUGGUGCCGCCCUUUUUUUAUAGCUAACCUGUCACCUACAUCUAGAAGGGCUGUCAGAAUUACUCAGUACUGAGAUAUUGAUCCUAUAUUUCAGUCAUGUGUUUAAAGAUCCACUUCAUGUUUCAGCAUUUUUUCGUUGCAGAUGUACAUUUAAAGAAUACAUGCAAACAAAAUUGUCUGAUAUAACACUUACUCUGCAAAACAGAGCCGUGCUAAUUUAAUUAUUUAUUUUUGGAGGGUGGGGGGUUAAUUCUGUGUUUACAUAUUUAUUUUCACGCCACUCUUUUUCUUCCUCCUAUGCAUUGAUGCAUGGAGGCCUUUUCUGCUUGCAAAUUGUAUAUGGGCAAAAUGAUUAUUACUUUGCCUUAAUUACAUGUUUAUAUUUUCAUCUUUUUUUAGGUGGCACAUUUGGAGAGAACUGGCCAUUACCUAACAGUGAAGGACAACCAAGUUGUUCAGUUACAUCCCUCCACUGUUCUUGAUCACAAACCUGAGUGGGUACUGUACAACGAAUUUGUACUCACAACCAAGAACUACAUCCGCACGUGCACAGAUAUAAAGCCUGAAUGGUAUGUAUUGCUCUCUUGUAUCAUAGCACUCAUGAGUAGUGAUUAAGAUCUUAUAGGGUUUUAUCCUCCCUUUUCAGAUGUCCAUACCAUCAUUAUGGUAUGAAAGAUACAGAUAUUUAGGCUCUUUUGACUCUUUCCUUGCUUCAGUUGUCUCCAACUUUUUGGCUCCGCAUCCUCCAUGACAUUGGCAGCAGUAUAGUGUUUAAUACAUUAUAAUCUCUGAGACUAUUUCCUUACAUAUAGUGCUGCAUAGACCAUAUUUACAGUGUUAUUCAGUACACUGUGAAUUGUCUGGAGCUGACCUGCAGUUCGGUUAUUUGAGCCUAAACUAUCACUGCUGAAAUUCCCAAACGUUACUACUUUGUAAUUAAUCCUGUUGGUGUGUUUUUGAGAAGUGUUAUCUGUUAAAGUUUAUUGUACUCAGCUGCCUUUUCUGUUGAGGUUUUUCCAUUGGGCAGCAGAAAUAAGCAAUAAUGGUUUCAUAGCUGCCAUUUUUUGCUUUAUUUAGGUAACAGAUUAGCUUAACCCCUUAAGGACCAAACUUCUGGAAUAAAAGGGAAUCAUGACAUGUCACACGUCAUGUGUCCUUAAGGGGUUAAAUAAAUGCGAAUUUUUGUUUUUUUUGGUUUUUUUUGUUUUAGUUUUAGUGUCUCUCUGUAAUUCACGUAAAGAGUAAUUUUGUAAGGAAACGUCAUUACCAUAACAUAAAAAGCUCACAUGGUCUGGAAUGACAUAAUACAAAAUGAGGAUCAGUUUGAAAUGUAAUUAUCCAUUAACUUUUUUUUUAUGAACAUGUAAAAAAAAGAAAAACAACCUCAAUUGCUGCUUAAAAUUCUUAACUUGUCAGCAGCUCAAUAAAGCAGCACCUUUAAAACUUGUCUUCAAGGAGAUCUUCAUCAGUGUUCUUAGUAGGUUAGAUUUUUGAUAACCUUGAAACCUGAACAUUUGUUUCUUCUUGAGGUUUGGUUUGAGAACCAUUUUGCAAAGAAACUUGUCCUGCAUAUCUUCCUUUAGUUGUUUUCACCCUGCAGUCUCUUUGCUUUAUAAUGAAGGUCUUCCUGUAUGCUGCAUUAGCUCUUUAUUUUACAGCCUCUGAUAGAUCUUAUUACUUAGAAUAUUGGACAAAAUAUGAAACAAGAGCAUUAUGUAAAGUAUGUGGAUCAUUCUUGCCGACUGCUCACCUGUAUAAUCAAACCACGAACCUCACUUAUACUACUCUUUGCAAUAAGGCAAUACAUUUUCCCGGUCAGACUCUGGCCAGUCUCUCUGCUUUCUUCCCAGGGGAUGGUAAUGAUGCCAAACUCUUUUAUUUCAACAACUCUCUUUACAAAAUAGAGCCAUGUUGUCAUAGGAUAGCUGUUUAAUUACAUUUUAAUGACACAGUUGACUUGGUGACAAGUCACAUAUGGUCACGUUCGAUAACCUAGAGAUCUAAGAUUUCUAUCCCAGUGUUGAUGGUUUUUAUUAUACAUUUAAUGCAGCUCAAUCUGUUGUAGGUUCUCAUUUACAACUAGUCCAUUAUACAAUUAAAAAUAAAAAAAAAGUGCUAAAUAUAGUUAAGAUGUUAUCUGCUGAAACCAUUGAUUGCUAGUGCUCGUUGAUACUUGAUGCUUCCUGUGUCUUUAUUUAUUUUGGUUAAAUAUUAACCAAACUGUUAAAGCCUUUGUAGUCUCACUGCUCCAUUCUCUGCCAUUUAGGAGUUAAUUCACUGUUUAUGCAGCCCUAGUCACACCUGCAUGUGACUUGAACAGCCUAAAUACUUCCUGUAAAGUGAGAUCUAAUAUUUAUACUUUAUUGCAUAUUCUGUUUUUUAAUUUAGAUUUACCUAAAUCGUGCUCUGAUAAUAGCUUGCUAGACCUUGCAGGAACCUCUUGGUUGUGAUUAAAAUUCAAUUUACACAGCAGGGAAUAAAUUCUUAAGUAAAUUAACAUCUGAUUGGACAUGAAACAUUUUAUGCAAGCUGUAUGAGUCACAACCAGGGGAGGUGUGGCUAAGGCUGCAUCGACCAAAACAAGCAAUUAACCCCUUAAGGACACAUGACAUGUCAUGAUUCCCUUUUAUUCCAGAAGUUUGGUCCUUAAGGGGUUAAGCAGUGGCACUUGAGGCAUGGUCUAUACACAUAAACUGCUUCAUUAAGCUAAAGUUGUUUUGGUGCAUAUUUUGUCCCUUUAACUCUUACUGUACUAUAGUGGUAUAUACUUUGGCAUUUGCACCUGAAUUAAAAUUGUAUUAUUUAUUUUUUUUAACGGUUUUCUCUGCUUUGCUUUUUCUUUAAGGUUGGUGAAAAUUGCAGCCCAGUACUAUGAUAUGAGCAACUUUCCCCAGUGUGAAGCAAAGAGGCAGCUUGAGCGCAUUAUUGCCAAAUUUCAGACAAAAGAAUAUUCUCAGUACUGAGAUCUGUAAUUUUAGGCUGGUCAUUCCAGCAGAGGAAGGGUAUGAGAGUAAUGGUUGCAUUGGUUUCUAUGUGAAGAUGGCCUUUAUUUGAAAAGCUUUUUAAUUUUUCGUUCAUAACAGUAAAUAUUACAUUUGGUAAAUGAAAUCUUUGUCUCUCCCCUUUGUGUUGACACAGUAGAUUGUACUGGAAAUGUCGAUCAAUGUGUUGCAGUUUAUUGGAAGUAGUUCUAUAUAUAACUGUUAUACGCAUUUCUUAAGAAAUGUAAAAUGCUUCUAAUAUGUGAUCAGACAAUGUUCUGCAUGGUUGUUGUAACUGUUGACAUUCCUUUUCGAAAUUUUGAAAUGUUACAACUUGUGCAUAUGAAAAUCCAACCAUCAGCCUCAAUAUUGAGGUAUUGGCUUCAAUAAAGUCUAUUUAUAAUAACCUGGG